UAUAGAACUCUAGCAUUGGGUAAUGUGAUUCGCCGGUAUUGUGAGUUAAUUAUUAUUAAAUAAUAACUUCAGUCUCAUCAUGAAGCUAGUGAGAUUUUUGAUGAAACUCAGUCACGAAACCGUGACGAUAGAACUGAAAAAUGGUACUCAAGUCAACGGCACGAUUACAGGUGUGGAUGUGGCGAUGAACACACAUUUAAAAACAGUGAAAAUGACAAUAAAGAACCGAGAUCCGGUACAAUUAGAGACUCUGAGUUUACGAGGAAACAACAUAAGGUAUUACAUCCUGCCUGACUCCCUUCCCUUGGAAACACUGCUGAUAGACGACACACCAAAAGCUAAGGCUAAGAAGAAGGAAGCAGCAAGAGGAGCUGCCCGUGGCCGAGGACGUGGUGCUAGAGGCGGCAGGGGCGGCAGGGGCGGCCGUGGUAGAGGGCGGGGUAGGCGAUAGUGACCCUCUAGUUGUACACACUCUGCAAAUCUUCAAUAUACAAAUUUUUCUACAUUCAAUGGGACAAUUCAUAUUCCGCUAAUUUAAUAACGUAAUUACAAGAGAUUGUUCGGGUAACGAAGACUUUGGUAGCCCGGCCUUGGCGAUGUAAAUUUCAAGGAUACGACGUCGACGUCCGUUUUUCUCACAGUGGUCGAAACUUAACGUCUGUCGAUCAAGGCAUUCCGGUAUUUUUAAUCUUGUGUUAUCGUUCGUCUGGUUUUAGUGUGCGUUCUAAAUAGAAGAAGGGGAAAAACAUUAGUAGAGAUAUUUAUAAAUUAAUUAAAUCAGACUUCGUUAAAUAA